AUGACAGCCCAAGAAAACCCAUCCACCUCUCGCCCUCCCUCGCACUGGAACCCAACAGCCCCCUCCCUCCUCUGGGCCCACGAACUCCGCCGCGAAAACAUCCAUCUCAUCAACCGCCUCGACACGGCCCACGCAGAGCUCACCUCCCUAACCUCCACCGUCGCCGAGCUCCGGCGCACAACGGCCCAUCUCGCAGAGCAGAUCACCACCGUCGAUAACCGCUACGAGGCCCGGCUGGAUGGCUUGCGCGAUGGCUUCACGCAGCGGGUUGAUCUCCUUGUUCGGCGCGUGGAUGUGCUCGAGGGGAGAGGAGAGGCGUCCUCAGAAUCAGACCCAAUCUCAGACCAAGAUCAAGACAAAGACGAAAACACAAUCCUCGUCCCCGACUCCUUCCCCCUAGACAAGCGCCAACCAGACACUAAUCAACAAGACUCCAACCCCAACGAAUACAACUACCUAUCAGCCCAUCCCCAACCCACACCAGAUCCUCCUACGCCUAGUCCUAUCACCGCCACUAGAACUACCACUACGUCCACAGUCACAGUUACCACUCGCGACAGCCCCAGCCCGUCUAGUCCAGCGGUAUCAGAGCAGCCAACAGCAAUGCAACUCCAACAAGGUAGCCGACCUCUUGAAGAGUAUAUCCGCUUUGGGGGGAGUCUGCGCGCGGGAUUGAAGCCGUGUAAGCGCGAAGGGGAGAUUGUGGGACGGUUUGUGAAGGGACUGAGUGAUGAGGGUGUGAGGGGGAUCGUGGAGAGGAGGAUGGAUUGUGUGGGGUGGGUUUGGGAGAGGAUGGUGGGUGUUUUGAGGGAGGUUGUUGAGGAUAGAGGGGGUAGUGUUGCUGUUGUUAAGGAGAGUGGAUGGGCUGCUGCUGCUGCUGGUGAGGAUAACGGAGGAAAGGAAGGUAGCAGAAGAGGCAAGAGGAGGCGUAUUUCUAUUGUUUCUCCUGAUGAGGAGGAUUUGUUGCAAAUGGCUGGGAUGCAUGUUGGGUAG